CUUUCUCUUUGGCUAAAACAAUUCUUCAUAACUGUAUACCAUCAGCAACUCCAUUCAUCAUUACCAACAAUAUGAGUGAAUCCAGUAUAGAAAAGAAUGUACCAGUGGUCAAACAGAGCUUUGCCAGAUAUAAGGCUCAUAAUAUCAUUGAGGAGGGGGACCUUGUUGUCGUAUAUCUGAGCAAAGAAAAUAUGGUCAUCAUUCGAGUCCAAGACGGAGAAUAUUUCAAUUGUAAAUUUGGAACAUACAAGCACGCAGAUAUGAUUGGCCUAGAGUACGGGACAAAGCUCGGUUCCAGUACAGGUCGUGGAUUCCUCUACCUUUUAUACCCCACACCCGAACUCUGGACCUUGGUCUUGCCUCAUCGUACACAGAUCCUUUACAUUGCAGAUAUCUCGUUUGUGAUGAAUUUUUUGAAUUUGAGACCGGGCAUGUCUAUGAUUGAGUCAGGCACAGGAUCAGGAUCGUUCUCGCAUUCCAUUGCUCGUACUCUAGCGCCAACAGGGCAUUUGUACACGUUCGAGUACCAUCAAGAACGCGCCAAUGCGGCCACAAAGGAAUUUGCACAGCAUGAAUUAUCGGACUUGAUCACCGUGGAAUGCAGAGAUGUUUGUAAAGACGGAUUUGGACUGGAGAACAUGGUUGAUGCAGUUUUUUUGGACCUUCCAGCACCUUGGGAGGCUGUUGCAUCUGCUAAAAAGGCAUUCAAGCAGGAUAAAAUUGGCAAGAUUUGUACAUUUUCGCCCUGCAUUGAACAAAUUUCCAGGACAGUUACCUCACUCAGUGAGAAUGGAUUUGUUGAUAUUCAGAUGUACGAGUGCUUGAUCCGGUUCAAUGAGAUCCGUGUCAUUCCAAUGUGGACUAUUGAUGAAGCAAUGGAGAAACAGAGAGCCAUUGAAAAGAAGAGGAAGCGUGCCGUACCACGAGAAGUCAGCUCCAAGAUCAAGAGCGCAAGGACCGAGGUAUCUGUUGACGACAGUAACACUUCAUCGACUGUUGCAACCCCCACUUCAACAGCUGGAUUAGAUUCUGAAGAGAGUACAUCAGCGACUAUGUCAUUAUCAACAACAGAAGCUGAUGUAGUACCAGAGCCAAGGGAGAGAAUUGAUCCUCAAAACAUAACUGUUACCAAGCUUCCUAUGGAACAGCGUGGCCACACAUCGUACCUCAUGUUUGCUACUUUACCCCCGGCUUUGCAGCGCCCGAGUUUGGCGGAGCAGAAAGCGAACCAGGGAGGCAAUUAG